AUGAAUACUAACGCAUUGCGGGCGUAUUUUGGGGCGAAAGGGGGAGAAGUUGGAGGUUUGGCGUAUCAGGCUAGGAUGCAUCGUCUUUUUGCUGAGCUGGAGCCAUCUUUAACCGUCGCAGAACAAAACUUGGCAGACCGGGUUCGGUAUAUCUUGCGCUCAAAUAUAUUUGAUGUCGCCGAAAUCGAACGACUACGACGUGAGGCUGUUCCCUCAUCGGAUGAAAAUGCUACGGCUGAGGAUGCGGCGCCACAAUUUGCAGAGCGACCCGCAAACGUGAAUGCCGCCAUGAAUACCCCGAUGUGCCCUAAGCAAGCGGAAUCGGGCUGUCGUGAGGGCUCUGAAACCAAUGCUGGUGACCUAUUUGGAAGCCAGCCGGGACCUUUGCGAGACGGACUCAAUUCUUUUUGGUGCCGCAUUGGCAGUGUGCCGUAUUAUAGGCGCCAAACUUUACGCGCUACUGGACAAAGUAGCGCUAUCCCAGCCUGGAGAAUAAGAAUUGAAGAACGUAUCGCAAAGGCUAGGGCCCUCAUCGGCAGACUGAUAUGCUUCAGGUCAGGCAACAACAAGCCAAGGAUUGUGCGCACCGUCAGGAUGGCAUUUGCUGGGACAAAUGUUAGUUUGUCCCAGCCGGAUAUAAUGCAAAAACUGACGGAGCGCAUAGACGACCUAAAGCAGAGAAUCGCUGCUUGGGGAAAGCGGAUUCGACGAUAUAACGAGAGGUCGACACGGUUUAACCAGAAUCGUCUCUUCCAGAGUGAUCAGAAGAGGCUCUAUAAAUCGUUGGAGCGACCAAUGGUGAGUGGAACGGGCCCAGCACCGAACCAGGCCGACACUGUAGCAUUCUGGAGCGGCCUGUGGUCAGAGCCCAUAAACCACAGCGAGGGCCCUUGGACGGAAGUUGUGGCGAGUCAGUGUGCGAGUAUAACGCCCAUGGAACCCGUCAUUAUAACGCCGGAUGACGUAGCUGAGGCAGUCCGUAGGGCCCCGAACUGGAAAAGUCCGGGACUCGACGGGCUGAAUCACUACUGGCUGAAGGGGUUUGUGGUGUGUCACACUGUGCUCGCCCGACAGUUCCAAGAGGCUCUCAACCAGAAGUCGCUCCCGAGCCUCUUCACUACUGGGAUCACGCAUUUGGUUCCUAAAGACCAGUCCUCCUUUAUCUCCCUAAUAUAUUCCUUAAUGAAAUCUCGAAGUUCCUCCUGCAUAAUGGUACGCAGCUCCACGCGUGACACACAUGAGCCGGAGCAGCCGCUUUGCGCGGCUACGGAAGCGACUAUGGCCGCUUGUUUGGACGUUCCCUGCUUUCCACGGCGUGAUGUCACAUUGGCGUCGGCGUGGGCACUACUAGUAGGUGUUGACGGACGGACCGGCGUAUUUGAAUUAUCACUGCGCGGUUUUUUGCUACGACACUCAGGGCAUAUCCAACUCAUCUUGGUGUCAGAAGAGAGUCUCUCGAAUUCGGUGGGCGAAACACCAACACAUAGGCCAUGA